GAGUCAUCGAUCAAAUUUGUAUGCUGCUUCAGUGACUGUACCAAUUACUCAUUCGAUGUCUUGAGAAGCCUGUCUUUGAUUCUUGUUAUUUUGUUUUUGGUAAGUCGCGAAGCCUUGAUAUAAAAGCAGCCUCGGCAACUCAGGUCACGUCGCCUGAAUUGUUGCUGCACGUACACUGAGACAGCCUCAUAGCGACGCUUAUACAUAAUACUUCGUCAUGGCCGACGACAGUCACCAUUCUUCAUGGCACCCUGCAUUGCGCACUCAUAACAGCACCCAGGACGUCCCCCGAGCUGCUCCACAACAAUCUCCUGCUCCUGACGCCGCAGACGAUGCCGACCUCUUCGACCGCAUACCAGCAGGGCAGCACAAAUCGAUUGCCGAGGACACUAUACUCGGAGACUCCGAGAACGCUUUAGAAGAUUCAAAACGCGAGCCAGCACCGCCUGAACCCUCCGUGUCCGAUCUUGUGCCUGAGCACGUUGAAGCCUCAGCACCUGUCGCGGAAGAUAGCCACCAAGAUUCUGAGCUCGCCCAUGCGGAAUCGCCGAGUCUGAUCCCUGAGCCGACCCAUGACUUACUCAGCAACACGAAACAUGUGCCAGUUGCAGAAGUCCAACAUGCCGAUCCUCCGUUCACCACAGAAGCCGACCAAGACGCGCCGCAAGAGCCGGGACUCUCCUCAAUCGAAGAAGCCUUUGGCAGGCUGAACAAAGAAGAGCCGGAAUACUUUCGUGAGCAGUACGAGUACCAGGGCCACAGUACCGCUGCCGAUGAUGCCAUUGACGAGAGUGACGACGCACCUCUGAUUCAGGAUGAGGAGACUCUGCCAACCCCUGGCUUUGCCACGGAUGCGCCCGCCACAAACACUCGCGAUGUUCAUAUCGACUCCUUCCACCAUGAUCCAUCAGCAGUCGCGGCGGCCACUGAGCAUGUAUUCAAUAUGUCCACUCAAGAUCCAUCAUCUGCAGCACAAGAGACCACAGAGAAGCCUAUUGUAGAGAGGUCAAGCUCGGAGGAGCAAGAUCGGGAAUUCCCGGCUGUUCCGGACCAUUCAGGAGCAUUAGAAGAAGCACAAGAAACACUGCGACAGGUGGCCGAAGAGCCAAUCGAAGAGCCUGUGCAGAUCCAGUCUCAGUCAUCAGCCACUUUCGAGUGGGGAGACGACGAUCAGACAGACGACUUUGGAGCAGUUGUUGGUAUUGUCUCGACCGAGGAGAAUAACGUCGAUGCAGAAAAUCUUGCAGCAGGCAGUGGCUUGGUCGCUUCUCAAGCGACUGCUCUGGCCCAAGCAUUGCAAGAGCAGAAAGCACUGGACAACAAUCCGCCAGCAGGCGAAAAGAGCGAGGAGGAUCUGGCUGCCAUGUGGUCAGCUGCCUUGGAUGAUGACGACUUCCUCGACGACAAUGCUGUCGAUCCCAGCGGCUUCUUUGAAGACGACGGCGAAGGCUUCUUGGACGACUUUGACACGAUCCCGGCACAAGAUCAGCAGAUCCUCAGUCCAGAACAAGCCCUUAGCCCUGGCAUUGCUCCUGUUCUUGAUUCCUCAGGCAAUACCGUUGGCUUCAGCAAGCUCGGCGGUCCACAAGCACAGAUAAAUGCUCCAGCGAACCCCUACUCUCCAACAGCUCAACAGCCCAACCCUUACCUCGCCCCAGCUCUUCCUUCUGUACCCUUAUACAAUCAGCAACAACCGUCUGUCCGACCAGCUCUCAGCAAUGCCCAAAGCUUUGCUGAUAAGUCCAAGGGCGGCUAUUCAUCGCCCUACGAUCUGCCCGAAGACAUUGUUCAGCCCCGUAGACGUGCCGCCGCUGCCGCUCCUCCUGCUCAGUCUUCUGCUCCUCCUCCGCCGCCGAGGAGUAGUAGUAUGCAAUCUACUAGCGUACCUCUAAACGCUGCUCCUCCCCUGUCACGUUCUGUGACCGCAGCUCCCUCAGCAGUCAUUGCAUCACCUCCCAUGAAUCAGUCUCCGAGCAUGCCAACUUUGCCUCCCAAACCUGCCGCUGUUUCUGGCUCGAGAUCUGCCUCUGGUUUCUUCGAAGAGCUGCCAAUGGUGCCAAAGCCCCGAGCAAGACCAUACACCCCAGCUGUCACCUCACCUUCUCCCGCUCAAGGUUUCCAACAGACUCCGCCGCAAGGCCCUCCGAUUCGCCCGCCAUCCCGUCCUGCAAUGCCUCCCUCAGCUGCAUCAUCAAGCUAUAAUGUCGAAGGUCUCAGACAGCCUGAGAAGCUGCCUCUACUGCCAGACACGCAAGGACUCCCUCAGCAACUUGAGCCACCUCAACCCGUUGCACCUCCAGCAACAUCCAGGUAUUCGCCAUCAGCUCCUACCCAAGAAUUAGCAGCAGUACCUCUGCCAGCGACUGGACGCUUCUCACCGAUGCCUCCACCAGUUCCUGCGGCAAGUUCGCGCUAUUCACCUGCCCCGCAAGCUCAAGCUCAAAACCAGGCACAGAACAAGUAUGCUGCGCUGCCUGCCUCAAGCCCUGGCGCACGCCCUGCUCAAACAUUCGCCCCCAGAACCUCAAGUCCGCUAGCAUACCACGAGAGACCAGCUGCUGGUGACAUGCCUCCUCCGUCCGUGCGCUCAGUGUCAUACCAGCGUCCACCUCCCAACCGCCAGAUGUCAGGACUUGCUGAAGGUUUUGAAACCCCUCCUAGGAGAGACAGCAAUAUUUUGGACCAGACCAUUAUCCAGUCCUUUGCAUCACCUCCUAAGGCUAACCCUUACGCGCCCGUGUCACCCGAUUCUCGCGUCUCCCAGCAGUACAAUGCGGCUGAACCACCAGCGCCUAGCGACACCUUCUCGCCUCCUAGGAGGUCCAAGACUCAAUCGCCAGGGACUGUAAUGAAAGGACCUCUGAAGGCUAUCACACGGAUUGAGAGGCCUAUUUCUGCUGCCGGUACUGUUACUUCGCCCACGUUGCUUCAGCGACAAGACGUUAGAUCGGCUCUGCCGCCAGCUCGACAACAAUUAUCUUCUGAUCUUAACUUCACGGUUCCUCAGGACGAACGGGCUCAAGACCCAUUGGAACGAUACAAGGGUUGUCCUGUCUUCAAAUGGGGGCCAAGUGGCUCGGUGGUUAGUACAUUCCCUAAGCAAGCUCCAUUCUAUGCAGCUGGUCAUGCCAUACCCACUAUCAAGUGUACCCCUGGACAUAUCACCAUCCAUGACACCAAGAUGACUUUUCCUCUGGAUGAGCGAGACGCAAAAUUCCCUGGACCUCUGAAUAAAGGCAAGUCCAAGAAGAAGGAUACACUUGCGUGGAUCACUGGCAAAAUUGAAGAUAUUGAGAAGGUGAAUGAGAGCACUCUCCAUGACUUCACUGUGCCUGUGCAUGCAAAGAAACGUAUCGAAGAGAAGGUUAUCCUUUGGAAGAUGGUCAGGCUUUUGCUGGAACAUGACAAUAAGAUUGAAGGUAAUGCUACUGCAGAGGACGCUGCGCGCAAGAUCUUGCUUCCAAAUCUCGCACAUGUAGAUGCUUCGGGCGACGACUUGACCGAUAAUAUAUCCUCUGGACUCCCCGCCGAGCCCGUCAGUGCCAAAGCAAUGGCGCAGAUCCGCAGACAUCUUCUCGAAGGUGAUCGUGAAAAGGCCGUUUGGUAUGCUGCCGAAAAAAAGCUCUGGUCCCAUGCUUUGCUCAUUGCAUCGGUCGCCGGGCCUGAAAUCUGGAAACAGGUUGUGCAGGAAUAUGUUCGCUCCCAAGUCAAGGAUGCCGGAGAAAACUCGCAAUCACUUGCAGCUUUGUACGAAAUCUUCGCUGGAAACUGGGAAGAGAGCAUUGAUGAGCUCGUCCCACCAUCCGCUCGUGCUGGCUUCCAGAUGAUCAGCAAAGCAGGACCGAGUGCAAAGAACCCCUUGGACGGUCUUGACCAAUGGCGUGAAACACUGUGCCUUAUUAUUAGCAACAGAAGCAAUAACGAUGUCCAGGCUAUCUCGGCACUAGGCAAACUUCUCUCCAGCUACGGUCGUAGCGAGGCAGCUCAUACCUGUUAUCUCUUCGCCAAAGCCUCGGCCCAUCUUGGUGGUGCGGACGAUGAAAAGUCUGACUUUGUCCUCCUUGGAGCAGACCACAGGAAUCAAUCCCAGGAGCUGUCUGACCUGGACGCGAUCCUCUUGACCGAGGUCUAUGAGCUCUGCGUGUCUCUUGCGCCUGCUCCUGGAACUUCUCCUACCCUUCAUCACCUGCAAGCAUUCAAGUACCAACAUGCUCAAAUCCUCACCGAACAUGGAUUGCGCACCGAGGCUCAAGCGUACUGUGACGCAAUUAUGGCCUCUUUCAAGACGUCUACCCGCCUUUCACCAUACUAUUCUCCUGCAUUGUUGAGCAGCGUAGACGACUUGCACAGAUGUUUGUCACAAGCGCCUCAGGCCAGUGGUUCGGGAGGUUGGAUCCCCAAGCCCUCCAUGGAUAAGGUUUCAGGGAGCAUGUGGAAGCGCUUCAACACUUUUGUUGCUGGCGAUGACGAUGAAGCCAAGUCAAACGGCUCAACUGGUGGUGAAGGUGCCCCCGCAGGACCGUUUGGAGGUAUCACUGGUGAGACUCCGACGGUCAGCAGAACAGCUUCAACGACUGAUCUGUACGGUGCAAUGUCACUAGUUGGCAACACGUCGGCGCCCAGCGGCUCCGCACCGAAUCGAUAUGCACCACCUACUCAGCCUGGUGGUGCUUCGGCUGCACGUUACGCAUCCAGCGCAUAUGCUCCAAGCAGGGGUUCCAUGGAGUCAUCGCGCUCUUAUGAGCAAGAGAGACCUGGAACUGGCUACAGUAGUCUUGUAUCUCCCACCACUGCCGCACCUGCGCCAGUACAACGUGCUAGUAGCACACCGUUCGGAGCGUAUUUGCCGCAAGUGGCUGGAGACAACCAGCAAGUACAGCCGUCGCUCAGUGUCCCACGGCCAGAGGCGUCUCGUGCCGUAUCUGAUCACCGUGUCCAAUACAGCCAGCCACCUUCAAGGCGGGAGUCUGUUCAAUCUGGUGUUAACUCUGAGCCUCGCUCGAGUCUCGACCAGGGCAGACCGAUACAUGGAUAUCAGCCUGAGAGCUCUAGACACUCUCCUUACCAGCCUAGCUCUUACACGCCUUUGUCGCCAAUCUAUGGAGACAAUGGCAAUGAGACAGGUGAAAUCGAACAGCCAUCGCUGUAUGAGUCGCACACUCAGUCGCCUUACCAACCCUCUGAGCCUACGCCUGUGCAAGAGUCUCAGUACCCUGGAUAUGUGCCCACAACUUCUUCGUAUGAACCUCCAGCCUCUCAAUACGAGCCUUCAGCUUCUCCGUACGAGCCUCCUACAUCUUACGAACUCUCUCCGUCUUAUGAACCAUCAUCAUAUGAUCCCUCAUCGUCCUAUGAGCCGCCAUCUUCAUAUGAACCGCCUUCAGACGAGCCUCAAAUCUCGGACGAACCCCAGACUUCGUCCUACGCUCCCCCGUCGUAUGAUGCACCAUCCUCGUAUGCACCACCAACAUCCUACGAGCCACCGACUGGUGCAUCUGGUUACGAGCCUCCAACUUCCAGCUACCAACCUUACGAGCCAGAACAAGAUCCGGAGGAAGGCGAUGAACAGUCACAAGAGCAGCCAAAGAAGAAGAGCUUUAUGGAUGACGACGAUGACGACGAGAUCAUCCGUCGUGCCGCUGCUCUCAAGAAAUCAGCCGAUGACAAAGCAGCAGACGAAGCUUUCCGCAAAGCCGCUGAAGAAGACGCCAAACGCGACGACAAGUCAGGUGCAGGUGGUGAUAAGAAAGGUUGGUUCGGUGGCUGGUUCGGCAAGAAAGACCCGAACGCUCAACAACAAGGGCCUAUUAGAGCCAAGCUCGGUGAACAGAGCUCCUUCUACUACGAUCCCGAUCUCAAGAAGUGGGUCAACAAGAAGGGAGGUGCUGAAGCGGCUACACCUACUGCUGCCACACCACCACCGCCAAAGGGUCCUCCGAGUAGAAGUGUCAGUGCUGCUGCUGUGCCACCUGCUGGACCUCCCAUGUCUGGCCCACCUUCACGAGCUAUGACACCAAGCGGUCCACCGUCUGGCCCUCCUUCUAUGGUCACGUCACCCGCUGCACCACAAAAUGGCUUCGCGUCUGCCUCUGCACCCCCACCAUUGGGUGGACUAGCAGGAGGGCCACCAUCCUCAGCACCACCGAGUCGUCCCGCCACGAGUAUGAGUAACGCAAGUAGUAUUGAUGAUUUACUUGGUGCACCUGGGCCGAGAAAAGGAGGUACUGCCAAGGCCAAGAAGAGAGGUGGCAGAUAUGUUGAUGUUAUGGCUAAGCCUUGAUAUGGAUGAAAGCAGGUUCGCCUUUUGUAAUGUUAGAUGUUUGUCAAGACAGAACGAAUGAAGAUAUGGACGGUCUUGUUGUAUUAUGAUAUCUCAUCUUUCUUCUUUCUCUCCCAUCAGAUCUUCCUUUUCUC